AUGAAAAGAAAACCGUCCACCAGGGUCAACAGUGAGCGCUGUUACCUUCAAACAGCCUGUCACCCCAGGUUGUUGGAUCAGGCAGCCUGUCACCCCAGGUUGUUGGAUCAGGCAGCCUGUCACCCCAGGUCGUUGGAUCAGGCAGCCUGUCACCCCAGGUUGUUGGAUCAGGCAGCCUUUCACCCCAGGUCAUUGGAUCAGGCAGCCUGUCACCCCAGGUUGUUGGAUCAGGCAGCCUGUCACCCCAGGUCGUUGGAUCAGGCAGCCUGUCACCCCAGGUUGUUGGAUCAGGCAGCCUGUCACCCCAGGUUGUGGGAUCAGUCAGCCUGUCACCCCAGGUCGUUGGAUCAGGCAGCCUGUCACCCCAGCUUGUUGGAUCAGUCAGCCUGUCAACCCAGGUCGUUGGAUCAGGCAGCCUGCCAGCCCAGCUUGUUGGAUCAGUCAGCUUGUCACCCCAGGUCGUUGGAUCAGGCAGCCUGUCACCCCAGGUUGUUGGAUCAGGCAGCCUGUCACCCCAGGUUGUUGGAUCAGUCAGCCUGUCACCCCAGGUCGUUGGAUCAGGCAGCCUGUCACCCCAGCUUGUUGGAUCAGUCAGCCUGUCAACCCAGGUCGUUGGAUCAGGCAGCCUGCCAGCCCAGCUUGUUGGAUCAGUCAGCCUGUCACCCCAGGUUGUUGAACCAGGCAGCCUGUCACCCCAGGUUGUUGGAUCAGGCAACCUGUCACCCCAGGUUGUUGGACCAGGCAGCCUGUCACCCCAGGUUGUUGGAUCAGGCAGCCUGUCACCCCAGGUUGUUGGAUCAGGCAACCUGUCACCCCAGGUUGUUGGAUCAGGCAGCCUGUCACCCCAGGUUGUUGGACCAGGCAGCCUGUCACCCCAGGUUGUUGGAUCAGGCAGCCUGUCACCCCAGGUUGUUGGAUCAGGCAGCCUGUCACCCCAGGUUGUUGGAUCAGGCAGCCUGUCACCCCAGGUUGUUGGACCAGGCAGCCUGUCACCCCAGGUUGUUGGACCAGGCAGCCUGUCACCCCAGGUUGUUGGAUCAGGCAGCGUGUCACCCCAGGUUGUUGGACCAGGCAGCGUGUCACCCCAGGUUGUUGGAUCAGGCAGCGUGUCACCCCAGGUUGUUGGAUCAGGCAGCGUGUCACCCCAUGUUGUUGGAUCAGGCAGCGUGUCACCCCAGGUUGUUGGACCAGGCAGCGUGUCACGCCAUGUUGUUGGAUCAGGCAGCGUGUCACCCCAGGUUGUUGGACCAGGCAGCGUGUCACCCCAUGUUGUUGGAUCAGGCAGCGUGUCACCCCAGGUUGUUGGAUCAGGCAGCGUGUCACCCCAUGUUGUUGGAUCAGGCAGCGUGUCACCCCAGGUUGUUGGAUCAGGCAGCGUGUCACCCCAGGUUGUUGGACCAGGCAGCCUGUCACGCCAUGUUGUUGGAUCAGGCAGCCUGUCACCCCAGGUUGUUGGACCAGGCAGCCUGUCACCCCAGGUUGUUGGACCAGGCAGCCUGUCACCCCAGGUUGUUGGAUCAGGCAGCGUGUCACCCCAUGUUGUUGGAUCAGGCAGCCUGUCACGCCAUGUUGUUGGAUCAGGCAGCCUGUCACCCCAGGUUGUUGGACCAGGCUGCUUAA